CGACGAGCAGGUCUGCGGGUCUCAGGUACGGGGAGGAUUCCUGGGGCUCCUGUAGCGGCCGCUGUGUGGGUUUCUCUUUACUGUAAUAGACUGAGUCGCUUAGAACACCUGUCGUAUCCCUGAACGUGCAUCAUGGGUAGGAAGUUAGACCCCCUUAAGAAAGCGCCCCGGGGACCCGGCCGGAAAUCAAGAAAGCAGCCUGGAGCCGAGAACGAGCUGAGCAAAGUCCUGAGUGACGACUCCGAAGUAAAGCGCCUGUCCAGCCGCGGUAGAAAGAGAGCAGCAAAGAGGCGACUAGUGAAAGAACAGAAACCGAAGCCAAGUAGACCAGAGGCGAAGCAGAACGGUAACGUACACGCUGUCCUGAAAGAGAAGAUAAAACGGCCUGGGUUCAGCGAUGAUAAUGCCGAGUGGCUGAAACCUGCUAAGAGACCGAAGACGGAGGAGGAGGAGGAAGAGGAUGAUGAUGAUGAAGAUGAAGAGAAGGAGAUGGAGGAAGAACUCAGUGACCAAGAGGUAGACAGUGGAGAUGAGGAAGCUGGAAAUCUUGAAGAAGAGGAUGAUGAUGAUGAAGAGGUGGAGGAUAAUGAGGAGGAGGAGAGUGGAGAUGAUGAACCUGCUAAAAAGCUGGAGCUUUCCGACAGUGAUGAUCUGGAAGAUGACUAUGGAGCCUCCUCAGAGGAUGAUGAUGAUGAUGAUGGUGACGAUGAUGAUCUUCUUCCAAUUGAGAAAGCCGCUGAGAAACAGAAGAAAAAGAGUAAAAGGGAGAAGACUGAUGACGAACCAGACAUUCAGCUCAAUGUGGAGGCUGAUGAGCAUUUUACCCUGCCAACCACAGAGGAAAUGGACAACCAACUCUCCGGACCCCUGGACCUUACCAGCGUGCAGGAACGGAUUAAGGAUAUCGUAACUGUUUUACAAGAUUUUUCCAAACGUGCAGGACCGCAUUCAAGGCAGGAAUACCUUACUGUGCUCCGCCGGGAUCUCGCCACAUACUACAGUUAUGGUGACUACAUGAUUGAAAUGCUCAGUGACCUGUUUCCAGUGUCAGAGUUGGUUGACUUCCUUGAAUCCUGUGAGGUUCAGCGUCCAGUAACCAUCAGAACCAACACUUUAAAGACCAGAAGACGUGACCUGGCACAGGCUCUUAUAAACCGUGGGGUCAAUUUGGAUCCACUUGGCAAAUGGUCAAAGACAGGGCUGGUCAUUUAUGAUUCCUCUGUGCCAGUUGGCGCCACUCCUGAGUAUCUGGCUGGACAUUACAUGCUGCAGGGAGCAUCCAGUUUGUUACCAGUCAUUGCUUUAGCUCCUCAAGAAAACGAGCGGGUCCUGGACAUGUGCUGUGCUCCUGGCGGGAAGACCAGUUAUAUGGCCCAACUGAUGAAGAACACGGGGGUUGUUGUCGCCAAUGACAUGAACGCCGAGCGCCUCCGCAGCGUGGUGGGAAACUUGCACAGACUGGGAGUCACAAACUGUAUAAUCUGCAAUUAUGAUGGGCGGCAAAUCCCUAAGGUUCUUGGAGGAUUUGACCGGGUGCUCCUGGAUGCUCCGUGCAGCGGAACUGGCAUCAUCAGCAAAGACCCAGCUGUGAAAACUAACAAGAACGCACAAGACAUCCAGAGGUGCGCCCACAUACAGAAGGAGCUGAUCCUGAGCGCCAUUGACUCUCUGGAUGCCCAGUCUUCUAGUGGAGGAUACCUUGUCUAUUGUACUUGCUCCAUCACAGUGGAGGAGAAUGAGUGCGUGGUGGAUUACGCCCUGAAGAAGAGAAACGUCAAACUUGUACCAACGGGUCUGGACUUUGGCAAAGAAGGAUUUGUGAGAUUCAAGGAGAGGCGAUUUCACCAGUCUCUGCGCCUGGCAUGCCGGUUUUACCCUCACACUCACAACAUGGACGGCUUCUUCAUCGCCAAACUGCGCAAAUUUUCAAACACCAUCCCAUCUACUAAAGAAGGAGAAAAAUCUGGUGCUGAGCAGACUGAGAAGAAAGAAGUAGAAGAGAAGAAAGCAAACCCCAAACCUGCACCCCAGGCGCAGAAGAAGGGGCAGAAGACCCCGCCACCGAAACCAGGGCAGAAGACCCCGCCACCGAAACCAGGGCAGAAGACCCCGCCACCGAAACCAGGGCAGAAGGCCCCGCCACCGAAACCAGGGCAGAAGACCCUGCCACCGAAACCAGGGCAGAAGACCCCGCCGACGAAACCAGGGCAGAAGACCCCGCCGACGAAACCAGGGCAGAAGACCCCGCCGACGAAACCAGGGCAGAAGGCCCCACCACCGAAACCAGGGCAGAAGACCCCGCCGAUGAAACCAGGGCAGAAGACCCCGCCGAUGAAACCAGGGCAGAAGACCCCGCCGAUGAAACCAGGGCAGAAGACCCCGCCGAUGAAACCAGGGCAGAAGACCCCGCCGACGAAACCAGGGCAGAAGACCCCGCCGACGAAACCAGGGCAGAAGACCCCACCAUCUGAUCUGGGGCAGAAGACACCCUUAACAGAACCAGGGCAGAAGACACCCUCAACAGAACCAGGACAGUCCCCAGAAUCGGGCCAGUCCGCACAAAAAACUAAGGAAAAGAAGCGUCUGAAGUAUAUAAAAAAUCAGAAGAGGUUGCUGAAGAGGCAGAAGCUUUUAUUAAAGAAGAAGAAAGAGAAAAAGAAGAGUAAAUAGUAUAACAGCAUCCUCCAGACCCCGACCAGCAUCUCCUGUUCUGCACUGGUCCCAGUUCAGUGCUGUUCCACCCUCCUGGAUGAGCAGGCACGCGCUGGACUCCACGACAUGACAGCGUAUGGUCUCCGUAUGUGCAAGGUGCUCUCCACUCGUGGACUCUGAUGCUCUGCAAGAGCUUGGACAACUAUCCUGUGCGGCUGAGAUGUUCUCAUCUUCUCCGUUCCGUGAGCUCUCGGCUGAUUUUGUCAUUUGUGACUGUUUUAUUAUAAAUUGGAUACAAACGA